CUCGCCGCUUCUCCCGGACUCUUCCUCCCUCCCUCCGCCCAAAACCUUGCUUAUCCGUCUCGGAACCCUAAUUCUUGAUCUCCCGAAUUCUUCCAAGAGCCUUAAUAAUUUCUUGGACAUCUGCGCCCGCUUGCGAGGUUGAGGGCCGAUUGCGUGUUGGAUUUGGGAUCAGGAGUGGCUCUUGGUGGGGGAGGCCUCGGACUCGCAGGAACUGCAGAGGCGAUCUCGGGCGGGGGAGUAGCACCUAAGGGAUCCUCCGAGGAGGAAAUGAGGGAUGUUCUCGUGGAUGGGGAGGUUUGUGGCGGCGUGUUGGGCCCCGGUCCGGCGGUACGCGCGUAUGAGCAAGGAUGAGGAGGAGGAGGACGACGAUGCGCUGCUGUGGUCGCGGGACAUCGGGCAGCACGCGGCCGGGGAUUUCUCCUUCGCGGUCGUCCAGGCGAACGAGGUCCUCGAGGACCACAGCCAGGUGGAGACCGGGCGAGAUGCCACCUUCGUCGGUGUCUACGAUGGCCAUGGAGGAGCCGACGCAUCUCGCUUUAUCUCCAAUCACCUCUUCCUUCAUCUCAUGAGGUUGGCUCAAGAAAGUGGAACAAUCAGUGAGGAUGUUGUCAGGAGUGCAUUUUCUGCAACCGAGGAAGGGUUUCUGGCUCAUGUGCGGAGAACACAUCAAAUAAAACCUUUGAUUUCUGCAAUUGGGUCAUGCUGUUUGGUGGGUGUAAUCUGGAGAGGAACACUCUAUCUGGCCAAUCUGGGAGACUCAAGGGCUGUCAUUGGUUAUUUAGGAAGGUCAAAUAACAUCAUCGCAGAGCAACUGACAAGAGACCAUAAUGCUUGUAUGGAAGAGGUGAGGCAAGAACUUAGAUCUCUUCAUCCAGAUGAUUCAAACAUUGUGGUUCUUAAGCAUGGAGUAUGGCGGAUUAAAGGCAUAAUCCAGGUUUCAAGAACAAUAGGCGAUGCAUACUUGAAGAAGCCAGAAUUUGCUAUAGAUCCAUCUGUCACUCGAUUCCGGCUCACUGAACCUCUACGCCGGCCUGUUUUAACUGCAGAGCCAUCAAUACACAUGCGAGUACUUCGUCCUCAAGAUAAGUUCUUAGUAUUUGCUUCUGAUGGACUGUGGGAGCACCUGAGUAAUCAACAAGCAGUUGAGAUUGUCUAUAAUCAUCCAAGAGAAGGAAUAGCAAGGAGACUGGUCAGAACAGCUUUGCAGGAAGCUGCUCGGAAGAGGGAAAUGAGGUAUGCAGAUCUCAAGAAAGUUGAGAAGGGAAUACGUCGGUUCUUCCACGAUGACAUUACAGUCAUUGUAAUCUACAUAGACCAUGAGUUUUUGCGGGAACCAAAUGCAUCUGUAGCAGAAUUAUCAAUUCGUGGUUUUGUCGAUGCAGUUGGACCUUCAAAUUUUUCAAUGUUGGAUGGGCAAAAUUGAAAUGCUUUUAAUGUUUUAUAGUAGUAUCACAUUGUCUUUAAUUUAAUAUACAUUUAUGUUGCUUUGUUGUGCUGGUUUACUGGAACAAUAGACUCAAUUCAAUUUUCGUUA